CUGCAUUCAUCAGAGAACUCAACUUUUGCCUACUUUAUCUAAUUAUGAUGUAGAGCGUCGUUGUGUUUUAGAAUUUCGUGGACAUAUUUAAUUGUUGCCCUCAAUAUUGACGUCAGAUCGUAAAAUUACACACAUAAGAAUAUUACGGAGACCAUUGAAAUGAAAAUAUUAACAGGAAAUUUACGUGAUUUUAAACAUAUUUAAUUUAGAGUUUUUAAUAGUAAAAAGAAAACCAAAUGUGUUUAGUAUGAGCCAAUAAAGCAAAGCGAUUCCAACAUUUGAAAUGAAUUCGGAGAAAAUUGAAAAGUGGGAGUGUCCCCAGUGCUCGAAAAUAUUUAAAAACGAGACAAUUCUCAGGAGACAUAUUUUCACUCACGACAACGCAGAUGGGGAAGUAAAAUGCGAGAUUUGUAGAAAAGUGCUUAAAAAUGCAGCCUGCCUACCAGGACAUCUAUCUAACAUGCACGGAGACAAGAAAAAUCUGCCUUGCCAGUUUUGUCGUAAAGAGUUUAAUCUUCGCGGAAGUUUACGCAACCACGUGAAAUAUGUCCAUAGCGCAACCACAAGAGAACGAAUUCCUUGUAAAUUUCAUGGGUGCGACAAGAAAUAUCUAAAUAAGACGAGCCUCGUCUCACACUAUAAAACUGAUCAUGACGAGAAUUACGUCCCAUUUCGUUGUACCCUUUGUCCGAAAGAAUUUAAAAUGAGAGGAGAUUUAAUGCAACACAUCGGAACUCACACGGGAGAAAGGAGUUUCAAAUGCAAAACAUGUGGCAGGAGUUUCGGGAAAAUGCGGACACUAAGGAAGCACGAGACUACACACUUGGAAAAUUCGGCCCGAAUAAAGUUUACUUGUGACCUUUGUCCCCGCACAUUUUUAUCUGACACGGGGAUCUUAUCUCACAAGAAAAACUAUCAUUCCGCCUUGAAAAAAUACUCGUGUCACUUAUGCGGAUAUAAGAGUAAAUAUAACAACCAUUUAAGACAUCAUAUACAGAGGAUGCACACCACCUGCUGGAAACGUUUUGAAUGCUAUUUUUGUCGAAAGGAAUUAAAAUCUAAGGAAGCUCUUACUCGUCACACGAGCAUUCACACGACGGAACGGGUCCAAGUGUGCUGCAGUUUUGCUGGAUGCGGUAAACCAUUUAAAAGUAAGGCAAGUCUUACCCGGCACUUUAAAGUGCAGCAUGCCGAUAAUCCUAUGCGAUUUGGGUGCACCUUGUGCCCCAAAAGGUUCACAAAUAAGGUAAACUUGAACAAGCACAUUGACGUUCAUACGAACGAGAAGGUCUACAAGUGUGACACAUGUGGAAAGAGUUUCUCGGUUUUGGGCUCACUCUCCAGACAUGCGAUGACGCACCAAGAGAGAUCAUCCCGGCCAGUGUUCCCAUGUCAACAAUGUCCUCGGACUUACCUGGCCAAACCCGAUCUGGGGUUCCACGUAAAAAAUUAUCACGGCGCGGGAACAAAACAUUCGUGUCAAUUAUGCGGCUACACGACGUUCUCAAAAUCGCAUCUGAAACGUCACUCGAGGAGAGAGAGCUGUUUACCGAAAUGCCACAACUGCUACUUUUGUGGGAAAAAAUAUUACAGGUUUUCCGUACUGAACCGCCAUUAUGGUAGGUUUCAUACGUUGGAGAAGGAACUAUUGAUUUUGAUUGUUUAAGGUGUGAAAUUUGUUGAUGUCAUUAAGGAGAAUUACACUAAAAUUUGGACAUUAAUGUUAAAUUUUAACUCCCGCCAAGUUUGGGCGACGCCGAAUUUACGUUUACGUUAAUUUUGUUUUCGUUUCCCUUAUUUAUUUAGUACCUAUAUAUACCAUCUAAUUUUGAUUUUUUCGCGCUUUAACGAUUUUCAUGUAUGAUGGCUUAGAAUUUGCGUAAUUUUGUGUACAUGAAGAAUCCGAAAUAAUACUGGCCCAUGUGUGGAUUUUGCA